GGCUGAGCGCUAAGAAGAUAAAACCGGGUGGUAGGGCGGAGUGUAUGCAGGCCUCACACCGAGGGGUGAUGUCCGAGCUGAAUGGCGGGGAGCCGCCUGGGGCUGUCUGGGGGCAGAGGCCCUGAGGGGGGAACAACCUGCGGUGUCUGGGGACCAUCAGGGCGGCCAGUGUGACACAGUGGCAUGAUGGGUUUGGGGUGUUUAGGAGGUAGGUUGUGUGUGUGUCCUGGUGUGCGAGGGGGGCACCCGAGGGCACUGUGCUGGGUGCUUGAGGCACGGCUGUAGCCUGCUGUCGCUGGCAGUGCCUGGAGGAACCCUGGCUAUUCCUCUUCCAGACGGAAAGCGGAGGCUGGGAAGGGGCAGUCCUUCAGCCGCGGCUGUAAGCCGAGCAAGAAAAGCCAGCGUGGGCGCCUGUGAGCGUGGGGCGUCUCUGCCCCUUUGGGGUUCUUGGAGCCCGCCUGGCACUGAGCUCCGGUUAUCCAUCACCCCCAGCCCCAUCAGGCUCCACCAUGUUCCAGGCUGGGAGGCGGCCAGGCCUUCCCCACGGUCUUAGCAGAGCCACUGCUGCCUCCAUCCUGUCCUGCUCCUGGGCGUUUAUUUCUCCCCCAAACUGUCCACUGCUUGCCAUUCCUGAGGAGACCCAAGAAGCCCUGCUGCCCGAGAGCCCCUGGAAGGGAGGGACGGCCCACUGGCUCCAUCAGCCCCGCACUGCCCCAGCAGACACCAUGGCCCUGACCCUGAGCCCGAGCAGCGGGGCACCCUGUGCCCCCAGCCAGCUGCCGGAGGUGCACCUGCACCAGGUGGAGUCCAUCAGCGACCUUCACGGAGGAGGUUCACUGUGCCCCUACCUGGCUGAGGAGGCACAGCCGUGGAAUGAGCUGCUGGGCAUCCUGCCGCCCUCGCUGUGUGCCCAGGCCGGCUGCAGCCCGGUGCACAGCCGCGGGGGCUUCCUGGGGCUGCUCGCACUGCUGGUGCUCACCUGCCUGGCGCUUGCCAUCCUGGCUGUCUACCUGAGCGUGCUGCAGGGCGAAUCCUUACGCGUGCUGGCGCACACGCUGCGCACGCAGGAGGAGACACUGCUCAAAUUCCGGCUGGCCAGCCUCAGCCAGCUGCGGAGGCUCAACUCCAGCGAGGCCCGAGCACCCAGCUGAGCCCUGUGGCCUGGAGGCACGCAGGGAAGGAACUGCCCCUGGCUUCUCCUCUCCCAAUGCUGCUCCACGCCACUUCCUCGGGGAGGUUUCUGUACAACAGUAUGACCUGACCCCCGCUCCUUGCCUCUUCUGGCUUCUUCAGGCUGAGCCCAGCCAUGCCUUCCGGGCCCAAGGCCUUGCUCUGGGUGGCCUAAGGUCAGAGGAAAUGAACCCAGCCUCCUGUGGCCUGUCAGCACUCUCUGGGGCCUCCGCCAGGUAGCAGUCUAGAAAUAGCUGCCCCCACCCUAGACACCCAAACUCUGCCAGCCUCAGAUCUCAAAAGACAAGCUGGGGGGAGGGCUGGCUGGGUAAAGACUAUCUUGGAGGGUAGAGGUGAGCGCAUGCUGGGGGGACCCAGCUGGGCCCAGCCUAGGGCAGGGUUGGGGGUGGAGGCCAGCAGGAACACCCAGGGG